CUUCUAAGAAAUCGUGGAUGAGGCAAAAUGGGUCACUAUCGAAAUAAAAUCAUCGGGAAUGCUCAUUUUCGCAAGGACUGGCAAAGACGUGUUCGCUGUUGGUUUGACCAAGCUGGUCGCAAAAAUCGUAGACGACUAGCCCGUCAAAAAAAGGCUGCAAAAAUCGCCCCAAGGCCUGUAGAAGGCUCUCUACGCCCCGUAGUCCGUUGUCCAACUUUUAAAUAUAAUACUACAGUGCGGGCUGGACGAGGAUUUACUCUUGAAGAAUUAAAGACUGCUGGUAUACACCCAAAGGUUGCCAUGACCCUCGGUAUCGCUGUCGAUUAUCGACGCCGAAACCGUUCAUCGGAAUCUUUGCAAGCAAAUGUACAGAGACUGAAGGAAUACACUUCGAAAUUGAUUAUAUUUCCUAAGAAAGCUAGUAAACCUAAAAAAGGAGAUAGCGAGGCUGCUGAGCUAUCUCUUGCUACACAGUUAACUGGCCCGGUCAUGCCGGUCCAGCAAACGAAGCCUGUUAGUAAAGCUCGUGCUAUUACAGAGGAAGAGAAAAAAAUUAGUGUCUUUAGAGCAAUGAGAGUCGCCCGUGCUAAUGCAAGAUUAGUUGGUAUCAGACAAAAGAGACGUAAAGAGAAGGCAGAGGCAGAGUUGAAACUAAAAAAAUAACGUGACGAUUUCAUCAUGAUUUCUGUUUAGUUGUGAUUAUAUACCUCUGUAAAAGGAGGGAGGAAUUCCCAUCUGACUCGUAUUACGAUUAAAUAAAAUAAAUUUAUCAUACGGCUUAUCUAAC